GGCUCUGAGCUCUGAGCUCGCGAAAAAAACUGCCAGCGCAGAAAUGUUGGUGGGCUCUGCUUCUCACUUCUGCAGCAGAAGUUCUGGUGUACAAUAAAGUCCCCGCGCACUUCCUCUUCUCACGCCAAACCCCGCUUGUCCGUUAUUCUGUGUCAGCCAGUCUCUGUGUGAGUCUGAGCCCGUCGGUCUGUGCGCUCCGGCAGCUGAUCGGUCCUGGUGCUGCAGCCCGUUCGCGCACCUCACCUGAAGCAAACGGAGCUGUGUUAAAUGAUGGAGCGGCUCACGUGGAUUCUGACUUUUUUUUGUGCUGCAGGAUGUCAUCUGUCUUCAGCCUCUCCUGUCCGCAGCUCCACCCUGGUGGUCCAGGCGGGGCAGAACGUCUCUCUGCCCUGCAACCUGACGUCCAGCGUUGACCUCACCUGGUACCUGAUGCGCUCAGAGCAACUGCUGCCUCUGCUCACUCUUAAAUCAGUGAUAAGGAAAAACGUAUACACAACCGACUUCCACACAAACAACAGUCGCAUAAAGUAUGAGGGGGACCUGCAGAGCAGCCUGGUCAGCCUGGAGAUCAAGGAGGUGGAGGAGGAUGAUGCUGGGCUGUAUUUCUGCAUCGGGAGGUAUUCAGCUGCUGUGCAUGUUAGCAGAGGAAUUCAGCUGACUGUGGAUGGCCCUGCUGGGGGGUCGUCCACAGACCGAGUGAAGCAGCCGUGCUUGGGGCUGGGCCUCUGUGUUCUUCCAGUGUUGCUCGCCCUCUGUUUCAUCUGCAUGGCUGGAUUCUACCUGUGGUCAGGUAAAUCGUCUGCUUGCUCCUCCUGUAACCCAGGCAGACGAGACACCAGUCACGGGGUCACAGAGCCUGAGGUCUGUUUGGCAAACUUACUCGAGACAUGAGGUCGUUUGCGAUUCGUGGGUCCGUCACAGGAAGAGUCUUUGCAUUAUUCCAGUCUGAAGCAUCCACACAAGCCCCGCCCCGCCGUCAGGAGAGGAGCCGGAUUGGUUGAAGAUAAUGUCAUUUACUCAACGGUGAACAGCUGCAAGAACUCAAACGCAGAGAUAGAAUGACUUUGUAAAAAAUUAAGGUUGAAUGUGAAACAUUUGUGUUUUUAAAAGUAACUGAAUCCCUUUCAAUAACAAUUGCAAGUAGUUACAAAUUUACUGUAUAUAUAUAUAUAUAUAUAUAUAUAUUGAUAAAUAAAAGAGGAAACUACUUUCAAUAAACAUGUGCUCGAUAACUUGGAGUACAAAAGUUUAUGAGGAAAACUAUGCGAUUAAACUAGUUUUUAAUAUAUUUUUUUAUUUUGGAUUGUAAGGUUGUUUUUGAUGAUUAGAAAUGUUUAAAGUGUUUCAAUCAUCUCAAAUGUCCAGAUAAUUUACUAAAUAUUUCUAUCAAUAACAAAGUAACACCAAUAAAUUUUACAUGUGAGUGGUAAUAAUGUGAUCAUUGUUUUUCUCUUUUUCUUUUUUUUUUGGUUUAUAAGCAUUUUUUUCACAUAUAAACAAACCGUAUAUGCUUGCACACAGCAGGGGGCACUUUUGUUAAAUAAUUAAUAAGCUAAAGAAAAUAUUGAACUUUUACCCAUGAAAUGUGUGUAUAUAGACAUAUUCUACAUGAUGCUUUUGGUAAAAUCGUUCAUUGGAGUUUCUUCGGGUUCAUUUUUAAGCUUUUUAAUACCGUGUCAUUUGCUAGAGAAAAGAACACUGCCUCCUCUGUGAAUACGUUUUAU